GGUCCCGGACCUCCAGGCCUCUGAGAAAGAAGUGCUCCCGAGAGCUGCCUGCACAGGGAGUGACCUAUGCCUGGAUUCGCUCUGUCUCCCAUCAGGUGAUGGGAUGGUGAGUGAGAAUGAGAAGGAGAAACUCCAACAGGAAGAUGCUCAGCAAGUAGAACCACAUGGAACGUUAUCAGGAAGAUCCAAAGGGAAUGUUUCCGGGCGUUGUGCACUCCCAGAAAAAGCAAAAGCCUGUGAGACGCAGCAGAUGCCAGAGGAAAACUUCAGUAGCCACUCAGAGCUAAUAACCCGCGACAGAAUCCACUUGGAAGGGAGACGCUACACGUGCCAUGAGUGCGGGAAAAGCUUCCCUUGGAGCUCACACCUUAUCAUACAUCGUAGAAUCCACACAGGAGAGACGCCCUACACGUGCUCUGAGUGCGGGAAAAGCUUCAGUCGGCGUUCAAACCUUAUCACACAUCGUAGAAUCCACACAGGAGAGAUGCCCUACACAUGCUCUGAGUGUGGGAGAAGCUUUAAGCGCAGCUCUGACCUGAGCGCACAUGGGAGAAUCCACACGGGUGAGAAACCUUAUGGAUGCGCUGAGUGCGGGAAAAGCUUUAAGGACAGCUCUGCCCUGAGCGCACAUAGGAGAAUCCACACAGGUGAGAAACCUUAUGGAUGCUCUGAGUGCGGGAAAAGCUUUAAGGACAGCUCUGCCCUGAGCGCACAUAGGAGAAUCCACACGGGUGAGAAACCUUAUGGAUGCUCUGAGUGCGGAAAAAGCUUUAAGCAGAGCUCUGCCCUGAGCAGACAUCAGGGAAUCCACACGGGUGAGAAACCUUAUGGAUGCUCUGAGUGCGGGAAAAGCUUCAGUCAGCGUUCAAACCUUAUCAUACAUCGUAGAACCCACACAGGAGAGACGCCCUACACAUGCUCUGAGUGCGGGAAAAGCUUUAAGCACAGCUCUGCCCUGAGCGCACAUAGGAGAAUCCACACGGGUGAGAAACCUUAUGGAUGCGCUGAGUGCGGGAAAAGCUUUAAUCACUGCUCUACCCUGAGCACACAUAGGAGAAUCCACACGGGUGAGAAACCUUAUGGAUGCGCUGAGUGCGGGAAAAGCUUUAGUCACUGUUCACACCUUAUCUCACAUCAGAGAAUCCACACGGGUGAGAAACCUUAUGGAUGCGCUGAGUGCGGGAAAAGCUUUAGUCGGCGUUCAGACCUUAUCGGACAUCAGAGAAUCCACACAGGAGAGACGUCCUACACGUGCUCUGAGUGCGGGAAAAGCUUUAAGCACAGCUCUGCCCUGAGCAGACAUCAGGGAAUCCACACGGGUGAGAAACCUUAUGGAUGCUCUGAGUGCGGGAAAAGCUUCAGUCGGCGUUCAAACCUUAUCUCACAUCAGAGAAUCCACACAGGAGUGAAGCCCUACAUGUGCUCUGAGUGCGGGAAAAGCUUUAAGCACUGCUCUGCCCUGAGCGCACAUUGGAGAAUCCACACGGGUGAGAAACCUUAUGGAUGCUCUGAGUGUGGAAAAAGCUUUAAGCAGAGCUCUGCCCUGAGCGCACAUUGGAGAAUCCACACGGGUGAGAAACCUUAUGGAUGCUCUGAGUGCGGGAAAAGCUUUAGUCUUCGUUCAAACCUUAUCAAACAUCAGAGAAUCCACACAGGGGAGACGCCCUACACAUGCUCUGAGUGCGGGAAAAACUUUAAGCACUGCUCUGCCCUGAGCGCACAUUGGAGAAUCCACACGGGUGAGAAACCUUAUGGAUGCUCUGAGUGCGGAAAAAGCUUUAAGCAGAGCUCUGCCCUGAGCGCACAUUGGAGAAUCCACAGGGGUGAGAAACCUUAUGGAUGCUCUGAGUGCGGGAAAAGCUUUAGUCAGCGUUCAAACCUUAUCAAACAUCAGAGAAUCCACACAGGGGAGAUGCCCUACACAUGCUCUGAGUGUGGGAAGAGCUUUACUGUGGGCUCUGACCUGAGCGCACAUGGGAGAAUCCACACUGGUGAGAAACCUUAUGGAUGCGCUGAGUGCGGGAAAAGCUUUAGUCACCCUUCAAACCUUAUCUCACAUCAGAGAAUCCACACAGGAGAGAAGCCCUACACAUGCUCUGAGUGCGGGAAAAGCUUUAAGCAGAGCUCUGCCCUGAGCGCACAUAGGAGAAUCCACACGGGUGAGAAACCUUAUGGAUGCUCUGAGUGCGGGAAAAGCUUCAGUCAGCACUCAACCCUUAUCACACAUCGUAGAACCCACACAGGAGAGAUGCCCUACACAUGCUCUGAGUGUGGGAAAAGCUUUAAGGACAGCUCUGCCCUGAGCGCACAUAGGAAAAUCCACACGGGUGAGAAACCUUAUGGAUGCUCUGAGUGCGGGAAAAGCUUCAGUCGGCGCUCACACCUUAUCACACAUCUUAGAAUCCACACAGGAGAGACGCCCUACACGUGCUCUCAGUGCGGGAAAAGCUUUAAGGACAACUCUGCCCUGAGCGCACAUAGGAGAAUCCACACGGGUGAGAAACCUUAUGGAUGCUCUGAGUGCGGGAAAAGCUUUAGUCAGUGUUCAAACCUUAUCUCACAUCAGAGAAUCCACACAGGAGAGACGCCCUACACAUGCUCUCAGUGCGGGAAAAGCUUUAAGGACAGCUCUGCCCUGAGCGCACAUAGGAGAAUCCACACGGGUGAGAAACCUUAUGGAUGCUCUGAGUGUGGGAAAAGCUUUAAUCACAGCUCUGCCCUGAGCGCACAUAGGAGAAUCCACACGGGUGAGAAACCUUAUGGAUGCUCUCAGUGCGGGAAAAGCUUCAGUCAGCAUUCAAACCUUAUCGCACAUCGUAGAACCCACACAGGAGAGGUGCCCUACACAUGCUCUGAGUGUGGGAAAAGCUUUAAUCACAGCUCUGCCCUGAGCAAACAUCAGGGAAUCCACACGGGUGAGAAACCUUAUGGAUGCUCUGAGUGCGGGAAAAGCUUCAGUCAGCACUCAACCCUUAUCACACAUCGUAGAACCCACACAGGAGAGAUGCCCUACACAUGCUCUGAGUGUGGGAAAAGCUUUAAGCAGAGCUCUGACCUGAGCAGACAUCAGGGAAUCCACACAGGUGAGAAACCUUAUGGAUGCUCUGAGUGCGGGAAAAGCUUCAGUCGGCGCUCACACCUUAUCUCACAUCAGAGAAUCCACACAGGAGAGACGCCCUACACAUGCUCUCAGUGCGGGAAAAGCUUUAAGGACAGCUCUGCCCUGAGCGCACAUAGGAGACUCCACACGGGUGAGAAACCUUAUGGAUGCUCUGAGUGCGGGAAAAGCUUUAGUCAGCGUUCAAACCUUAUCUCACAUCAGAGAAUCCACACAGGAGUGAAGCCCUACACGUGCUCUGAGUGCGGGAAAAGCUUUAGUCAGUGUUCAAACCUUAUCUCACAUCAGAGAAUCCACACAGGACAGAAGCCCUACACAUGCCAUGAGUGUGGGAAAAGCUUUAAGGACAGCUCUACCCUGAGCGCACAUAGGAGAAUCCACACGGGUGAGAAACCUUAUGGAUGCGCUGAGUGCGGGAAAAGCUUUAGUCAGCGGGGACACCUUAUUGAACAUCAAAGACUCCACACAGGAGAGAUGCCCUACACAUGCGCUGAGUGUGGGAAAAGCUUCAGUUGCAGCUCACACCUUAUCAUGCAUCAGAGAACCCACACAGGAGAGAAGCCCUACACAUGCUCUGAGUGCGGGAAAAGCUUUAAUCGGAGCUCUACCCUGAGCGUACAUGGGAGAAUCCACACGGGUGAGAAACCUUAUGGAUGCUCUGAGUGCGGGAAAAGCUUCAGUCGGCGUUCACACCUUAUCACACAUCAGAGAAUCCACACAGGAGAGAAGCCCUACACGUGCUCUGAGUGCGGGAAAAGCUUUAAUCGGAGCUCUACCCUGAGCAAACAUCGGAGAAUCCACACGGGUGAGAAACCUUAUGGAUGCGCUGAGUGCGGGAAAAGCUUUAGUCACCGUUCAGACCUUAUCUCACAUCAGAGACUCCACACAGGAGAGACGCCCUACACAUGCGCUGAGUGCGGGAAAAGCUUUAGUCACCGUUCAGACCUUAUCUCACAUCAGAGACGCCACACAGGAGAGACGCCCUACACGUGCGCUGAGUGCGGGAAAAGCUUUAGUCAGCGUUCAAACCUUAUCAGACAUCAGAGACUCCACACUGGGGAGAAGCCCUACACGUGCUCUGAGUGCAGGAAAAGCUUUAAUCACAGCUCUACCCUGAGGACACAUUGCAGAAUCCAUACGGGUGAGAAACCUUAUGGAUGCUCUGAGUGUGGGAAAAGCUUCAAUCAGAGCUCAGAGCUUCUCGUACAUCGUAGAAUCCACACAGGAGAGACGCCCUACACAUGCUCUGAGUGCGGGAAAAGCUUCAAAAGGAGCUCACACCUUAUUAGACAUCAGAGACUCCACACAGGAGAGAAGCCCUACACGUGCUCCGAGUGCGGGAAAAGCUUUGGUCGUCACUCAACCCUUAUCACGCAUCAGAGAAUCCACACAGGGGAGGUGCUCUACAUGUGCUCUGAGUGCGGGAAACGUUUUAAGCACAGCUCUACCCUGAGUGUACACAGGAGAAUCCACACAGCUGAGAAACCUUAUGGAUGCUCUGAGUGCGGGAAGAGCUUUAGUCAGCGUCCAUACCUUAUCAAACAUCAGAGACUUCACACGGGGGAGACGCCCUACACGUGCACUGAGUGCGGGAAAAGCUUCAAGCAGAGCUCUCACCUUAUCAAACAUCAGAGACUUCACACGGGGGAGACGCCCUACACGUGCACUGAGUGCGGGAAAAGCUUCAAUCAGCGCUCAAACCUUAUCACACAUCAGAGAAUCCACACGGGCGAGAAACCUUAUGGAUGCUCUGAGUGCGGGAAACGCUUCAGCGGUAGCUCAAGCCUUACUAGACAUCACAGAAUCCACACGUGAGAGACUCCCUACACAUGCUCUGAGUGCGGGAAACGCUUCGAAAAGAGCUCACACCUCAUUAGACAUCGCAAAAUCCACACUGGAGAGAAGCCCUACACUUGCUCGGAGUGCGGGAAAAGCUUCGGUCAGCACUCAACCCUUAUCACGCAUCAGAGAAUCCACACGGGAGAGACGCUCUACAUGUGCUCCGAGUGCGGGAAAAGCUUCAGUGAUCAUUCAGCCCUUACCACACAUGAGAGAGUCCACACAGGAGAGACGCCCUACACGUGCCCUGAGUGCGGGAAAAGCUUCAUUGAUAGUUCAAGCCUCAUCUCACAUCAGCGAAUCCACACAGGGGAGACGCCCUACAUGUGCUCUCAGUGCGGGAAAUGCUUUAAUCACAGCUCUACCCUAAGCAAACAUGGAAGAAUCCACACGGGUGAGAAACCUUAUGGAUGCUUUGAGUGCGGGAAAAGCUUUAGUCAGCGUUCAGACCUUAUCUCACAUAAGAGAAUCCACACAGGAGAGAAGCCCUACACGUGCACUGAGUGCGGGAAAAGCUUUAGUCAGCGUUCAGACCUUAUCACGCAUCAGAGAACCCACACAGGGGAGAAGCCCUACACGUGUUCUGAGUGCGGGAAAUGCUUCAGUCAGCGCUCAACCCUUAUCUCACAUAAGAGAAUCCACACAGGAUAGAAGCCCUACACGUGCACUGAGUGCGGGAAAAGCUUCAAUCAGCGUUCAGACCUUAUCUCACAUCAGAGAAUCCACACAGGGGAGACGCCCUACACAUGUUCUGCGUGCAGGAAACGCUUUAAUCACAGCUCUACCCUGAGCGCACAUAGGAGAAUCCACACGGGUGAGAAACCUUAUGGAUGCUCUGAGUGCGGGAAAAGCUUUAGUCAGCGUUCAAACCUUAUCUCACAUCAGAGAGCCCACACAGGAGAGAAGCCCUACACAUCUUGUAGAAGUGAACCUGAAAUGGGUAACUGUGAUUUGCUGGAAGUAGCUCAAAUCCACACGGGUGAGAAACCUUAUGGAUGCGCUGAGUGCGGGAAAAGCUUUAGUCACCGUUCAAACCUUAUCUCACAUCAGAGAAUCCACACAGGAGAGAAGCCCUUCACAUGCUCUGAGUGCGGGAAAAGCUUUAAGGACAGCUCUGCCCUGAGCGCACAUAGGAGAAUCCACACGGGUGAGAAACCUUAUGGAUGCUCUGAGUGCGGGAAAAGCUUCAGUCAGCGUUCAAACCUUAUCACACAUCGUAGAACCCACACAGGAGAGAUGCCCUACACAUGCUCUGAGUGUGGGAAAAGCUUUAAGGACAGCUCUGCCCUGAGCGCACAUAGGAGAAUCCACACGGGUGAGAAACCUUAUGGAUGCUCUGAGUGCGGGAAAAGAUUCAGUCAGUGUUCACACCUUAUCACACAUCAUAGAACCCACACAGGAGAGAUGCCCUACACAUGCGCUGAGUGUGGGAAAAGCUUUAAGCAGAGCUUUGACCUGAGCGCACAUAGGAGAAUCCACACGGGUGAGAAACCUUAUGGAUGCUCUGAGUGCGGGAAAAGCUUUAGUCAGCGUUCAAACCUUAUCUCACAUCAGAGAAUCCACACAGGAGUGAAGCCCUACACGUGCUCUGAGUGCGGGAAAAGCUUUAAGGACAGCUCUGCCCUGAGCACACAUAGGAGAAUCCACACGGGUGAGAAAACUUAUGGAUGCGCUGAGUGCGGGAAAAGCUUCAGUCAGCGUUCAAACCUUAUCACACAUCUUAGAAUCCACACAGGAGAGACGCCCUACACAUGCUCUCAGUGCGGGAAAAGCUUUAAGGACAGCUCUGCCCUGAGCGCACAUAGGAGAAUCCACACGGGUGAGAAACCUUAUGGAUGCUCUGAGUGCGGGAAAAGCUUUAGUCAGCGUUCAAACCUUAUCUCACAUCAGAGAAUCCACACAGGAGUGAAGCCCUACACGUGCUCUGAGUGCGGGAAAAGCUUUAAGGACAGCUCUGCCCUGAGCACACAUAGGAGAAUCCACACGGGAGAGACGCCCUACACAUGCUCUGAGUGUGGGAAAAGCUUUAAGGACAGCUCUGCCCUGAGCGCACAUAGGAGAAUCCACACGGGUGAGAAACCUUAUGGAUGCUCUGAGUGCGGGAAAAGCUUCAGUCAGCGUUCACACCUUAUCACACAUCGUAGAACCCACACAGGAGAGAGGCCCUACACAUGCUCUGAGUGUGGGAAAAGCUUUAAGCAGAGCUUUGACCUGAGCAGACAUCAGGGAAUCCACACGGGUGAGAAACCUUAUGGAUGCUCUGAGUGCGGGAAAAGCUUCAGUCGGCGCUCACACCUUAUCACACAUCGUAGAAUCCACACAGGAGAGACGCCCUACACAUGCUCUCAGUGCGGGAAAAGCUUUAAGGACAGCUCUGCCCUGAGCGCACAUAGGAGAAUCCACACGGGUGAGAAACCUUAUGGAUGCGCUGAGUGCGGGAAAAGCUUUAAUUACAGCUCUGCCCUGAGCUCACAUAGGAGAAUCCACACGGGUGAGAAACCUUAUGGAUGCUCUGAGUGCGGGAAAAGCUUUAGUCAGUGUUCAAACCUUAUCUCACAUCAGAGAAUCCACACAGGAGAGACGCCCUACACAUGCUCUCAGUGCGGGAAAAGCUUUAAGGACAGCUCUGCCCUGAGCGCACAUAGGAGAAUCCACACGGGUGAGAAACCUUAUGGAUGCUCUGAGUGCGGGAAAAGCUUUAAUCACAGCUCUGCCCUGAGCGCACAUAGGAGAAUCCACACGGGAGAGACGCCCUACACAUGCUCUGAGUGCGGGAAAAGCUUCAAUCAGAGCUCUGCCCUGAGCACACAUAGGAGAAUCCACACGGGUGAGAAACCUUAUGGAUGCUCUGAGUGCGGGAAAAGCUUUUGUCAGCGUUCACACCUUAUCACACAUCAGAGAAUCCACACAGGAGAGAAGCCCUACACGUGCUCUGAGUGCGGGAAAAGCUUUAAGGACAGCUGUGCCCUGAGCGCACAUCGGAGAAUCCACACGGGUGAGAAACCUUAUGGAUGCGCUGAGUGCGGGAAAAGCUUUAGUCAGCGUUCACACCUUAUCUCACAUCAGAGAAACCACACAGGAGAGACGCCCUACACGUGCUCUGAGUGCGGGAAAAGCUUUAAGCACAGCUCUGCCCUGAGCACACAUCGGAGAAUCCACACGGGAGAGACGCCCUACACGUGCUCUGAGUGCGGGAAAAGCUUUAAUCACAGCUCUACCCUGAGCGCACAUAGGAGAAUCCACACGGGUGAGAAACCUUAUGGAUGCGCUGAGUGCGGGAAAAGCUUUAGUCAGCGUUCAGACCUUAUCAAACAUCGAAGAAUCCACACAGGAGAGAAGCCCUACACGUGCUCUGAGUGCAGGAAAAGCUUUAAUCACAGCUCUGCCCUGAGCACACAUAGGAGAAUCCAUACGGGAGUGAAGCCCUACACAUGCUCUGAGUGCGGGAAAAGCUUUAAUCAGAGCUCUGCCCUGAGCGCACAUAGGAGAAUCCAUACGGGUGAGCAACCUUAUGGAUGUGCUGAGUGCGGGAAAAGCUUCAGUCGGCGCUCACACCUUAUCAGACAUCAGAGAAUCCACACAGGACAGACGCCCUACACGUGCUCCGAGUGCGGGAAAAGCUUUAGUCAUCGUUCAAACCUUAUCACACAUCAGAGAAUCCACACCGGGGAGAAGCCCUACACGUGCUCCGAGUGCGGGAAAAGCUUCAAAAGGAGCUCACACCUUAUUAGACAUCGCAAAAUCCACACAGGAGAGAUGCCCUACACAUGCGCUGAGUGUGGGAAAAGCUUCAGUUACAGCUCACACCUUAUCAUGCAUCAGAGAAUCCACACAGGAGAGAAGCCCUACACGUGCUCUGAGUGCGGGAAAAGCUUUAAUCGGAGCUCUACCCUGAGCGUACAUGGGAGAAUCCACACGGGUGAGAAACCUUAUGGAUGUGCUGAGUGCGGGAAAAGCUUUAGUCAGCGUUCACAGCUUAUCUCACAUCAGAGAAUCCACACAGGAGAGAAGCCCUACACGUGCUCUGAGUGCGGGAAAAGCUUUAAUCGGAGCUCUACCCUGAGCAAACAUCGGAGAAUCCACACGGGUGAGAAACCUUAUGGAUGCGCUGAGUGUGGGAAAAGCUUUAGUCACCGUUCAGACCUUAUCUCACAUCAGAGACUCCACACAGGAGAGACGCCCUACACAUGCGCUGAGUGUGGGAAAAGCUUUAGUCACCGUUCAGACCUUAUCUCACAUCAGAGACGCCACACAGGAGAGACGCCCUACACGUGCGCUGAGUGCGGGAAAAGCUUUAGUCAGCGUUCAAACCUUAUCAGACAUCAGAGACUCCACACUGGGGAGAAGCCCUACACGUGCACUGAGUGCGGGAAAAGCUUUAAUCACAGCUGUACCCUGAGGACACAUUGCAGAAUCCAUACGGGUGAGAAACCUUAUGGAUGCUCUGAGUGUGGGAAAAGCUUCAAUCAGAGCUCAGAGCUUCUCGUACAUCGUAGAAUCCACACAGGAGAGACGCCCUACACAUGCUCUGAGUGCGGGAAAAGCUUCAAAAGGAGCUCACACCUUAUUAGACAUGGGAGAAUCCACACGGGUGAGAAACCUUAUGGAUGCGCUGAGUGCGGGAAAAGCUUUAGACACCGUUCAAACCUUAUCUCACAUCAGAAAAUCCACACAGGAGAGAAGCCCUACACAUGCUCUGAGUGCGGGAAAAGCUUUAAGGACAGCUCUGCCCUGAGCGCACAUAGGAGAAUCCACACGGGUGAGAAACCUUAUGGAUGCUCUGAGUGCGGGAAAAGCUUCAGUCAGCGUUCAAACCUUAUCACACAUAGGAGAAUCCACACGGGUGAGAAACCUUAUGGAUGCUCUGAGUGCGGGAAAAGCUUCAGUCAGUGUUCACACCUUAUCACACAUCUUAGAAUCCACACAGGAGAGACGCCCUACACAUGCUCUCAGUGCGGGAAAAGCUUUAAGGAUAGCUCUGCCCUGAGCGCACAUAGGAGAAUCCACACGGGUGAGAAACCUUAUGGAUGCGCUGAGUGCGGGAAAAGCUUUAGUCAGCGUUCAAACCUUAUCUCACAUCAGAGAAUCCACAGAGGAGUGAAGCCCUACACGUGCUCUGAGUGCGGGAAAAGCUUUAAUCAGAGCUCUGCCCUGAGCGCACAUCGGAGAAUCCACACGGGUGAGAAACCUUAUGGAUGCGCUGAGUGCGGGAAAAGCUUUAGUCACCGUUCAAACCUUAUCUCACAUCAGAGAAUCCACACAGGAGAGACGCCCUACACGCGCUCUGAGUGCGGGAAAAGCUUUAAGGACAGCUCUGCCCUGAGCGCACAUAGGAGAAUCCACACGGGUGAGAAAACUUAUGGAUGCGCUGAGUGCGGGAAAAGCUUCAGUCAGCGUUCAAACCUUAUCACACAUCUUAGAAUCCACACAGGAGAGACGCCCUACACAUGCUCUCAGUGCGGGAAAAGCUUUAAGGACAGCUCUGCCCUGAGCGCACAUAGGAGAAUCCACACGGGUGAGAAACCUUAUGGAUGCUCUGAGUGCGGGAAAAGCUUCAGUCAGCGUUCACACCUUAUCACACAUCGUAGAACCCACACAGGAGAGACGCCCUACACAUGCUCCGAGUGUGGGAAAAGCUUUAAGCAGAGCUUUGACCUGAGCAGACAUCAGGGAAUCCACACGGGUGAGAAACCUUAUGGAUGCUCUGAGUGCGGGAAAAGCUUCAGUCAGCGUUCACACCUUAUCACACAUCGUAGAAUCCACACAGGAGAGACGCCCUACACAUGCUCUCAGUGCGGGAAAAGCUUUAAGGACAGCUCUGCCCUGAGGACACAUAGGAGAAUCCACACGGGUGAGAAACCUUAUGGAUGCGCUGAGUGCGGGAAAAGCUUUAGUCAGUGUUCAAACCUUAUCUCACAUCAGAGAAUCCACACUGGUGAGAAACCUUAUGGAUGCGCUGAGUGCGGGAAAAGCUUUAGUCACCCUUCAAACCUUAUCUCACAUCAGAGAAUCCACACAGGAGAGAAGCCCUACACAUGCUCUGAGUGCGGGAAAAGCUUUAAGCAGAGCUCUGCCCUGAGCGCACAUAGGAGAAUCCACACGGGUGAGAAACCUUAUGGAUGCUCUGAGUGCGGGAAAAGCUUCAGUCAGCACUCAACCCUUAUCACACAUCGUAGAACCCACACAGGAGAGAUGCCCUACACAUGCUCUGAGUGUGGGAAAUGCUUUAAGGACAGCUCUGCCCUGAGCGCACAUAGGAGAAUCCACACGGGUGAGAAACCUUAUGGAUGCUCUGAGUGCGGGAAAAGCUUCAGUCGGCGCUCAUACCUUAUCACACAUCUUAGAAUCCACACAGGAGAGACGCCCUACACAUGCUCUCAGUGCGGGAAAAGCUUUAAGGACAACUCUGCCCUGAGCGCACAUAGGAGAAUCCACACGGGUGAGAAACCUUAUGGAUGCUCUGAGUGCGGGAAAAGCUUCAGUCGGCGCUCAUACCUUAUCUCACAUCAGAGAAUCCACACAGGAGAGACGCCCUACACAUGCUCUCAGUGCGGGAAAAGCUUUAAGGACAGCUCUGCCCUGAGCGCACAUAGGAGAAUCCAUACGGGUGAGAAACCUUAUGGAUGCUCUGAGUGUGGGAAAAGCUUUAAUCACAGCUCUGCCCUGAGCGCACAUAGGAGAAUCCACACGGGUGAGAAACCUUAUGGAUGCUCUGAGUGCGGGAAAAGCUUCAGUCAGCAUUCAAACCUUAUCACACAUCGUAGAACCCACACAGGAGAGAUGCCCUACACAUGCUCUGAGUGUGGGAAAAGCUUUAAUCACAGCUCUGCCCUGAGCAAACAUCAGGGAAUCCACACGGGUGAGAAACCUUAUGGAUGCUCUGAGUGCGGGAAAAGCUUCAGUCAGCGUUCACACCUUAUCACACAUCGUAGAACCCACACAGGAGAGAUGCCCUACACAUGCUCUGAGUGUGGGAAAAGCUUUAAGCAGAGCUCUGACCUGAGCAGACAUCAGGGAAUCCACACAGGUGAGAAACCUUAUGGAUGCUCUGAGUGCGGGAAAAGCUUCAGUCGGCGCUCACACCUUAUCUCACAUCAGAGAAUCCACACAGGAGAGAUGCCCUACACAUGCUCUCAGUGCGGGAAAAGCUUUAAGGACAGCUCUGCCCUGAGCGCACAUAGGAGACUCCACACGGGUGAGAAACCUUAUGGAUGCUCUGAGUGCGGGAAAAGCUUUAGUCAGCGUUCAAACCUUAUCUCACAUCAGAGAAUCCACACAGGAGUGAAGCCCUACACGUGCUCUGAGUGCGGGAAAAGCUUUAGUCAGUGUUCAAACCUUAUCUCACAUCAGAGAAUCCACACAGGACAGAAGCCCUACACAUGCCAUGAGUGUGGGAAAAGCUUUAAGGACAGCUCUACCCUGAGCGCACAUAGGAGAAUCCACACGGGUGAGAAACCUUAUGGAUGCGCUGAGUGCGGGAAAAGCUUUAGUCAGCGUUCAAACCUUAUCACACAUCAGAGAAUCCACAUUUGCUAAUUCUCACCUAGGAAACGCUACACAUGCCAUGAGUGUGGGAAAAGCUUCAGUGGGACCUCUGCCCUUAUCAGACAUCACAGAACCCACACUGGAGAGAGACCCUACACGUGCCCUGAGUGCGGGAAAAGCUUCAGUGAUAGUUCAAGCCUCAUCUCACAUCAGCGAAUCCACACAGGAGAGACGCCCUACACAUGCUAUGAGUGUGGGAAAAGCUUUAAGGACAGCUGUGCCCUGAGCAAACAUGGAAGAAUCCACACGGGUGAGAAACCUUAUGGAUGCGCUGAGUCCGGGAAAAGCUUCAUUCAUAGUUCAGCCCUCAUCUCACAUCGUAGAAUCCACUCAGGAGAGACACCCUACACAUGCGCUGAGUGCGGGAAAAGCUUCAGUCAGCGCUCAAACCUUAUCGCACAUCAGAGAACGCACACAGGAGAAAGGCCCUACACGUGCUCUGAGUGCGGGAAAAGCUUUAAGCACAGCUCUGCCCUGAGCAGACAUCGGAGAAUCCACACGGGUGAUAAACUUUAUGAAUGCUCUGAGUGCGGGAAAAGCUUCAGUCGGCGCUCACACCUUAUCAGACAUCAGAGAAUCCACACAGGGGAGACGCCCUACACAUGCGCUGAGUGCGGGAAAAGCUUCAGGCGACACUCAAACCUUAUCACACAUCAGAGAACCCACACAGGAGAGAAGCCCUACACGUGCUCUGAGUGCGGGAAAAGCUUUAAUCAGAGCUCUACCCUGAGCGCACAUAGGAGAAUCCACACGGGUGAGAAACCUUAUGGAUGCUCUGAGUGCGGGAAAAGCUUCAGUCAUAGUUCAGCCCUCAUCUCACAUCGUAGAAUCCACUCAGGUGAGACGCCCUACACAUGCGCUGAGUGCAGGAAAAGCUUCAUUCAUAGUUCAUCCCUCAUCUCACAUCGUAGAAUCCACACAGGAGAGAUGCCCUACAUGUGCUCUGAGUGCGGGAAACGCUUUAAUCACAGCUCUGUCCUGAGCGCACAUAGGAGAAUCCACACGGGUGAGAAACCUUAUGGAUGCUCUGAGUGCGGGAAAAGCUUUAGUCAGCGUUCACACCUUAUCAAACAUCAGAGACGCCACACAGGGGAGACGCCCUACACAUGCGCUGAGUGCGGGAAAAGCUUCAUUCAUAGUUCAUCCCUCAUCUCACAUCGUAGAAUCCACACAGGAGAGACGCCCCACACGUGCUCUGAGUGCGGGAAAAGCUUCAGGCGACGCUCAAACCUUAUCGCACAUAAGAGAAUCCACACAGGAGAGAAGCCUUACACAUGCCAUGAGUGUGGGAAAAGCUUCAGUGGGACCUCUGCCCUUAUCAGACAUCACAGAACCCACACUGGAGAGAGACCCUACACGUGCCCUGAGUGCGGGAAAAGCUUCAGUGAUAGUUCAAGCCUCAUCUCACAUCAGCGAAUCCACACAGGAGAGACGCCCUACACAUGCUAUGAGUGUGGGAAAAGCUUUAAGGACAGCUGUGCCCUGAGCAAACAUGGAAGAAUCCACACGGGUGAGAAACCUUAUGGAUGCGCUGAGUCCGGGAAAAGCUUCAUUCAUAGUUCAGCCCUCAUCUCACAUCGUAGAAUCCACUCAGGAGAGACACCCUACACAUGCGCUGAGUGCGGGAAAAGCUUCAGUCAGCGCUCAAACCUUAUCGCACAUCAGAGAACGCACACAGGAGAAAGGCCCUACACGUGCUCUGAGUGCGGGAAAAGCUUUAAGCACAGCUCUGCCCUGAGCAGACAUCGGAGAAUCCACACGGGUGAUAAACUUUAUGAAUGCUCUGAGUGCGGGAAAAGCUUCAGUCGGCGCUCACACCUUAUCAGACAUCAGAGAAUCCACACAGGGGAGACGCCCUACACAUGCGCUGAGUGCGGGAAAAGCUUCAGGCGACACUCAAACCUUAUCACACAUCAGAGAACCCACACAGGAGAGAAGCCCUACACGUGCUCUGAGUGCGGGAAAAGCUUUAAUCAGAGCUCUACCCUGAGCGCACAUAGGAGAAUCCACACGGGUGAGAAACCUUAUGGAUGCUCUGAGUGCGGGAAAAGCUUCAGUCAUAGUUCAGCCCUCAUCUCACAUCGUAGAAUCCACUCAGGUGAGACGCCCUACACAUGCGCUGAGUGCAGGAAAAGCUUCAUUCAUAGUUCAUCCCUCAUCUCACAUCGUAGAAUCCACACAGGAGAGAUGCCCUACAUGUGCUCUGAGUGCGGGAAACGCUUUAAUCACAGCUCUGUCCUGAGCGCACAUAGGAGAAUCCACACGGGUGAGAAACCUUAUGGAUGCUCUGAGUGCGGGAAAAGCUUUAGUCAGCGUUCACACCUUAUCAAACAUCAGAGACGCCACACAGGGGAGACGCCCUACACAUGCGCUGAGUGCGGGAAAAGCUUCAUUCAUAGUUCAUCCCUCAUCUCACAUCGUAGAAUCCACACAGGAGAGACGCCCCACACGUGCUCUGAGUGCGGGAAAAGCUUCAGGCGACGCUCAAACCUUAUCGCACAUAAGAGAAUCCACACAGGAGAGAAGCCUUACACAUGCCAUGAGUGUGGAAAGAGUUUUAGUCAGCGUUCAGACCUUAUCGAACAUCAAAGACUCCACACAGGAGAGACGCCCCACACAUGCGCUGAGUGUGGGAAAAGCUUCAGUUGCAGCUCACACCUUAUCAUGCAUCAGAGAACCCACACAGGAGAGAAGCCCUACAUGUGUUCUGAGUGCGGGAAACGCUUCAGUCAGCACUCAGCCCUUAUCCAACAUAAGAGAAUCCACACAGGGGAGACGCCCUACACAUGCUCUGAGUGCGGGAAAAGCUUUAAUCGGAGCUCUGCCCUGAGCGUACACAGGAGAAUCCACACGGGUGAGAAACCUUAUGGAUGCGCUGAGUGCGGGAAAAGCUUUAGUCGGCGUUCACACCUUAUCAGACAUCAGCGACUCCACACAGGGGAGACGCCCUACACAUGCUCUGAGUGCGGGAAAAGCUUUAAUCACAGCUCUGCCCUGAGCACCCAUAGGAGAAUCCACACGGGUGAGAAACCUUAUGGAUGCGCUGAGUGCGGGAAAAGCUUCAGUCAGAGCUCAGAGCUUCUCGUACAUCGUAGAAUCCACACAGGAGAGACGCCCUACACGUGCUCUGAGUGCGGGAAAAGCUUUAGUCGGCGUUCAAACCUUAUCAGACAUCAGAGACUCCACACCGGGGAGAAGCCCUACACGUGCUCUGAGUGCGGGAAAAGCUUUAAUCACAGCUCUACCCUGAGGACACAUUGCAGAAUCCAUACGGGUGAGAAACCUUAUGGAUGCUCUGAGUGCGGGAAAAGCUUCAAUCAGAGCUCAGAGCUUCUCGUACAUCGUAGAAUCCACACAGGAGAGACGCCCUACACGUGCUCCGAGUGCGGGAAAAGCUUCAAAAGGAGCUCACACCUUAUUAGACAUCGUAGAAUCCACACAGGAGAGACGCCCUACACAUGCUCUGAGUGCGGGAAAAACUUUAAGCACAAUUUUACCCUGAACAGACAUCAGAGAAUCCACACGGGUGAGAAACCUUAUGGAUGCGCUGAGUGCGGGAAAAGCUUUAGUCACCAUUCAAACCUUAUCACACAUCAGAGACUCCACACAGGAGAGAAGCCCUACACAUGCUCUGAGUGUGGGAAAAGCUUUAAUUACAGCUCUGGCCUGAGCGCACAUAGGAGAAUCCACACUGGUGAGAAAACUUAUGGAUGCUCUGAGUGCGGGAAAUGCUUCCGUCAGCGUUCAGGCCUUAUCUCACAUCAGAGACUCCACACAGGAGAGAAGCCCUACACAUGCUCUGAGUGCGGGAAAAGCUUUAAUUACAGCUCUGGCCUGAGGACACAUCGGAGAAUCCACACGGGUGAGAAACCUUAUGGAUGCUCUGAGUGCGGGAAAAGCUUUAAGCACAAUUUUACCCUGAACAGACAUCAGAGAAUCCACACAGGUGAGAAACCUUAUGGAUGCGCUGAGUGCGGGAAAAGCUUUAGUCACCGUUCAAACCUUAUCACACAUCAGAGACUCCACACAGGAGAGAAGCCCUACACAUGCUCUGAGUGCGGGAAAAGCUUUAAUUACAGCUCUGGCCUGAGCGCACAUAGGAGAAUCCACACGGGUGAGAAAACUUAUGGAUGCUCUGAGUGCGGGAAAUUUUUCCGUCAGCGUUCAGGCCUUAUCACACAUCAGAGACUCCACACAGGAGAGAUGCCCUACACAUGCUCUGAGUGCGGGAAAAGCUUUAAUUACAGCUCUGGCCUGAGCGCACAUCGGAGAAUCCACAAGGGUGAGAAACCUUAUGGAUGCUCUGAGUGCGGGAAAAGCUUUAAUUACAGCUCUGGCCUGAGGACACAUCGGAGAAUCCACACGGGUGAGAAACCUUAUGGAUGCGCUGAGUGUGGGAAAAGCUUUAGUCAGCAUUCAAGUCUUAUCACGCAUCAGAGAACCCACACAGGGGAGACGCCCUACAUGUGCUCUGAGUGCGGGAAACGCUUUAAUGACAGCUCUACCCUGAGGAAACAUCAGAGAAUCCACUCGGGUGAGAAACCUUAUGGAUGCUCUGAGUGCGGGAAGAGCUUUAGUCAGCGUCCAUACCUUAUCACACAUCAGAGACUCCACACAGGAGAGAAGCCCUACACGUGCCAUGAGUGCGGGAAAAGCUUCCCUUGGAGCUCACACCUUAUCAUACAUCGUAGAAUCCACACAGGAGAGACGCCCUACACGUGCUCUGAGUGCGGGAAAAGCUUCAGUCGGCGUUCAAACCUUAUCACACAUCGUAGAAUCCACACAGGAGAGAUGCCCUACACAUGCUCUGAGUGUGGGAGAAGCUUUAAGCGCAGCUCUGACCUGAGCGCACAUGGGAGAAUCCACACGGGUGAGAAACCUUAUGGAUGCUCUGAGUGCGGGAAAAGCUUUAAGGACAGCUCUGCCCUGAGUGCACAUAGGAGAAUCCACACAGGUGAGAAACCUUAUGGAUGCUCUGAGUGCGGGAAAAGCUUUAAGGACAGCUCUGCCCUGAGCGCACAUAGGAGAAUCCACACGGGUGAGAAACCUUAUGGAUGCUCUGAGUGCGGAAAAAGCUUUAAGCAGAGCUCUGCCCUGAGCAGACAUCAGGGAAUCCACACGGGUGAGAAACCUUAUGGAUGCUCUGAGUGCGGGAAAAGCUUCAGUCAGCGUUCAAACCUUAUCAUACAUCGUAGAACCCACACAGGAGAGACGCCCUACACAUGCUCUGAGUGCGGGAAAAGCUUUAAGCACAGCUCUGCCCUGAGCGCACAUAGGAGAAUCCACACGGGUGAGAAACCUUAUGGAUGCGCUGAAUGCGGGAAAAGCUUUAAUCACUGCUCUACCCUGAGCACACAUAGGAGAAUCCACACGGGUGAGAAACCUUAUGGAUGCUCUGAGUGCGGGAAAAGCUUUAGUCACUGUUCACACCUUAUCUCACAUCAGAGAAUCCACACGGGUGAGAAACCUUAUGGAUGCGCUGAGUGCGGGAAAAGCUUUAGUCGGCGUUCAGACCUUAUCGGACAUCAGAGAAUCCACACAGGAGAGACGUCCUACACGUGCUCUGAGUGCGGGAAAAGCUUUAAGCACAGCUCUGCCCUGAGCAGACAUCAGGGAAUCCACACGGGUGAGAAACCUUAUGGAUGCUCUGAGUGCGGGAAAAGCUUCAGUCGGCGUUCAAACCUUAUCUCACAUCAGAGAAUCCACACAGGAGUGAAGCCCUACAUGUGCUCUGAGUGCGGGAAAAGCUUUAAGCACUGCUCUGCCCUGAGCGCACAUUGGAGAAUCCACACGGGUGAGAAACCUUAUGGAUGCUCUGAGUGUGGAAAAAGCUUUAAGCAGAGCUCUGCCCUGAGCGCACAUUGGAGAAUCCACACGGGUGAGAAACCUUAUGGAUGCUCUGAGUGCGGGAAAAGCUUUAGUCAACGUUCAGACCUUAUCAAACAUCAGAGAAUCCACACAGGGGAGACGCCCUACACAUGCUCUGAGUGCGGGAAAAACUUUAAGCACUGCUCUGCCCUGAGCGCACAUUGGAGAAUCCACACGGGUGAGAAACCUUAUGGAUGCUCUGAGUGCGGAAAAAGCUUUAAGCAGAGCUCUGCCCUGAGCGCACAUUGGAGAAUCCACAGGGGUGAGAAACCUUAUGGAUGCUCUGAGUGCGGGAAAAGCUUUAGUCAGCGUUCAAACCUUAUCAAACAUCAGAGAAUCCACACAGGGGAGACGCCCUACACAUGCUCUGAGUGCGGGAAAAGCUUUAGUCACCGUUCAGACCUUAUCACACAUCAGAGACGCCACACAGGAGAGACGCCCUACACGUGCGCUGAGUGCGGGAAAAGCUUUAGUCUGCGUUCAAACCUUAUCAGACAUCAGAGACUCCACACUGGGGAGAAACGCUACACAUGCCAUGAGUGUGGGAAAAGCUUCAGUGGGACCUCUGCCCUUAUCAGACAUCACAGAACCCACACUGGAGAGAAGCCCUACACUUGCUCGGAGUGCGGGAAAAGCUUCGGUCAGCACUCAACCCUUAUCACGCAUCAGAGAAUCCACACGGGAGAGAUGCCCUACAUGUGCUCCGAGUGCGGGAAAAGCUUCAGUGAUCAUUCAGCCCUUACCACACAUGAGAGAGUCCACACAGGAGAGACGCCCUACACGUGCCCUGAGUGCGGGAAAAGCUUCAUUGAUAGUUCAAGCCUCAUCUCACAUCAGCGAAUCCACACAGGGGAGACGCCCUACAUGUGCUCUCAGUGCGGGAAAUGCUUUAAUCACAGCUCUACCCUAAGCAAACAUGGAAGAAUCCACACGGGUGAGAAACCUUAUGGAUGCUUUGAGUGCGGGAAAAGCUUUAGUCAGCGUUCAGACCUUAUCACGCAUCAGAGAACCCACACAGGGGAGAAGCCCUACACGUGUUCUGAGUGCGGGAAACGCUUCAGUCAGCGCUCAACCCUUAUCUCACAUAAGAGAAUCCACACAGGAGAGAAGCCCUACACGUGCACUGAGUGCGGGAAAAGCUUCAAUCAGCGUUCAGACCUUAUCUCACAUCAGAGAACCCACACAGGGGAGACGCCCUACACAUGUUCUGCGUGCGGGAAACGCUUUAAUCACAGCUCUACCCUGAGCGCACAUAGGAGAAUCCACACGGGUGAGAAACCUUAUGGAUGCUCUGAGUGCGGGAAAAGCUUUAGUCAGUGUUGCAACCUUGUCAGACAUCAGAGAGCCCACACAGGAGAGAAGCCCUACACAUGCUCUUAGAGCGGGUAAAGCUUCAAUUGGAGUUCAAACCUUAUCACGCAUCAGAGAAUCCACACAGGGGAGACGCCCUUCACAUGCUCUGAGUGCGGGAAAAGUGUCAAACGGAGCUCUGACCUGAUUAUACAUCAGAGAAUCCACACGGGUGAAAAACCUUAUGGAUGCCAUGAGUGUGGAAAAAUCUUCCAUUGGAGCUCACACCUUAUCAUACAUCGUAGAAUCCACACAGGAGAGACGCCCUACACGUGCUCUGAGUGCGGGAAAAGCUUCAGUCAGCGUUCAAAACUUAUCUCACAUCAGAGAAUCCACACAGGAGAGACGCCCUACACAUGCUCUCAGUGCGGGAAAAGCUUUAAGGACAGCUCUGCCCUGAGCGCACAUAGGAGAAUCCACACGGGUGAGAAACCUUAUGGAUGCUCUGAGUGCGGGAAAAGCUUCAGUCAGCGUUCAAACCUUAUCACACAUCUUAGAAUCCACACAGGAGAGACGCCCUACACAUGCUCUCAGUGCGGGAAAAGCUUUAAGGACAGCUCUGCCCUGAGGGCACAUAGGAGAAUCCACACGGGUGAGAAACCUUAUGGAUGCUCUGAGUGCGGGAAAAGCUUCAGUCAGCGUUCACACCUUAUCACACAUCGUAGAACCCACACAGGAGAGAUGCCCUACACAUGCUCUGAGUGUGGGAAAAGCUUUAAGCAGAGCUUUGACCUGAGCAGACAUCAGGGAAUCCACACGGGUGAGAAACCUUUUGGAUGCUCUGAGUGCGGGAAAAGCUUCAUUCAGCGCUCACACCUUAUCACACAUCGUAGAAUCCACACAGGAGAGACGCCCUACACAUGCUCUCAGUGCGGGAAAAGUUUUAAGGACAGCUCUGCCCUGAGCGCACAUAGGAGAAUCCACACGGGUGAGAAACCUUAUGGAUGCUCUGAGUGCGGGAAAAGCUUUAGUCAGUGUUCAAACCUUAUCACACAUCAGAGAAUCCACACAGGAGAGACGCCCUACACAUGCUCUGAGUGCGGGAAAAGCUUUAAGCAGAGCUCUGCCCUGAGCGCACAUCGGAGAAUCCACACGGGUGAGAAACCUUAUGGAUGCCAUGAGUGCGGGAAAAGCUUCAAUCAGAGCUCAGACCUUCUCUUACAUCGUAGAACCCACACAGGAGAGACGCCCUACACGUGCUCUGAGUGCGGGACAAGCUUUAAGCGCAGCUCUGACCUGAGCGCACAUGGGAGAAUCCACACGGGUGAGAAACCUUAUGGAUGCGCUGAGUGCGGGAAAAGCUUUAGUCACCGUUCAAACCUUAUCUCACAUCAGAGAAUCCACACAGGAGAGAAGCCCUACACAUGCGCUGAGUGCGGGAAAAGCUUCAGUCAGCGUUCAAACCUUAUCACACAUCGUAGAACCCACACAGGAGAGAAGCCCUACACAUGCGCUGAGUGUGGGAAAAGCUUUAAGCAGAGCUUUGACCUGAGCGCACAUAGGAGAAUCCACACGGGUGAGAAACCUUAUGGAUGCUCUGAGUGCGGGAAAAGCUUCAGUCAGUGUUCACACCUUAUCACACAUCUUAGAAUCCACACAGGAGAGACGCCCUACACGUGCUCUGAGUGCGGGAAAAGCUUUAAUCACAGCUCUGCCCUGAGCGCACAUAGGAGAAUCCACACGGGUGAGAAACCUUAUGGAUGCGCUGAGUGCGGGAAAAGCUUUAGUCAGCGUUCAAACCUUAUCUCACAUCAGAGAAUCCACAGAGGAGUGAAGCCCUACACGUGCUCUGAGUGCGGGAAAAGCUUUAAUCAGAGCUCUGCCCUGAGCGCACAUCGGAGAAUCCACACGGGUGAGAAACCUUAUGGAUGCGCUGAGUGCGGGAAAAGCUUUAGUCACCGUUCAAACCUUAUCUCACAUCAGAGAAUCCACACAGGAGAGGCGCCCUACACGUGCUCUGAGUGCGGGAAAAGCUUUAGUCAGCGUUCAAACCUUAUCUCACAUCAGAGAAUCCACAGAGGAGUGAAGCCCUACACGUGCUCUGAGUGUGGGAAAAGCUUUAAUCAGAGCUCUGCCCUGAGCGCACAUCGGAGAAUCCACACGGGUGAGAAACCUUAUGGAUGCGCUGAGUGCGGGAAAAGCUUUAGUCACCGUUCAAACCUUAUCUCACAUCAGAGAAUCCACACAGGAGAGGUGCCCUACACGUGCUCUGAGUGCGGGAAAAGCUUUAAGGACAGCUCUGCCCUGAGCGCACAUAGGAGAAUCCACACGGGUGAGAACACUUAUGUAUGUGCUGAGUGCGGGAAAAGCUUCAGUCAGCGUUCACACCUUAUCACACAUCGUAGAACCCACACAGGAGAGAUGCCCUACACAUGCUCUGAGUGUGGGAAAAGCUUUAAGCAGAGCUUUGACCUGAGCAGACAUCAGGGAAUCCACACGGGUGAGAAACCUUAUGGAUGCUCUGAGUGCGGGAAAAGCUUCAGUCGGCGCUCACACCUUAUCACACAUCGUAGAAUCCACACAGGAGAGAUGCCCUACACAUGCUCUCAGUGCGGGAAAAGCUUUAAGAACAGCUCUGCCCUGAGCGCACAUAGGAGAAUUCACACGGGUGAGAAACCUUAUGGAUGCGCUGAGUGCGGGAAAAGCUUUAGUCACUUCCAUUGGAGCUCACGCCUUAUCACACAUCAGAGACUCCACACAGGAGAGACGCCCUACACGUGCUCCGAGUGCGGGAAAAGCUUUAGUUAUCGUUCAACCCUUAUCACACAUCAGAGAAUCCACACAGGAGAGAAGCCCUACAUGUGCUCUGAGUGUGGGAAAAGCUUUAAGCGCAGCUCUGACCUGAGCGCACAUCGGAGAAUCCACACGGGUAAGAAACCUUAUGGAUGCGCUGAGUGCGGGAAAAGCUUUAGUCACCAUUCACACCUUAUCAGACAUCAGAGAAUCCACACAGGAGAGAAGCCCUACACAUGCGCUGAGUGCGGGAAAAGCUUUAAUCAGAACUCUGCCCUGAGCACACAUAGGAGAAUCCACACAGGAGAGACGCCCUACACAUGCGCUGAGUGCGGGAAAAGCUUUAAUCAGAACUCUGCCCUGAGCACACAUAGGAGAAUCCACACAGGAGAGACGCCCUUCACAUGCUCUGAGUGCGGGAAAAGCUUUAAGCACAGCUCCGUCCUGAGCACACAUCGGAGAAUCCACGUGGGUGAGAAAACUUAUGGAUGCGCUGAGUGUGGGAAAAGCUUCGGUCAGCGUUCAGACCUUAUCAGACAUCAGAGAAUCCACACAGGAGAGAUGCCCUACAAGUGCUCCGAGUGCGGGAAAAGCUUUAAGCACAGCUCUGCCCUGAGCGCACAUAGGAGAAUCCACACGGGUGAGAAACCUUAUGGAUGCGCUGAGUGCGGGAAAAGCUUCAAAAAGAGCUCACACCUUAUUAGACAUCGCAAAAUCCACAUUGGAGAACUACCUUACACCUGCUCUGAGUGCGGGAAAAGCUUCACUCAGAGCUCUGCCCUGAUCACACAUUGGAGAAUCCACACAGGAGAGACGCCCUACACGUGCUCUGAGUGCGGGAAAAGCUUCAAUCAGAGCUCACACCUUAUCACACACAGGAGAAUUCACACGGGAGAGACGCCCUACGGAUGUUUGGAGUGCGGGAAAAGCUUCAGUCAGAGCUCUGCCCUUAUCACACAUCAGCGAAUCCACACGGGGGAGACGCCCUACACGUGCUCGGAAUGCGGGAAAAGCUUCAAUCGUAGCUCAGCCCUUAUUAGACAUCGGAGAAUCCACACGGGAGAAACACCCUACACCUGCCCUGAGUGCGGGAAAAGCUUUGGUCAUAGCUCUGCCCUGAUCACACAUCAGAGAACCCACACUGGAGAGACGCCCUACGCGUGCGCCGAGUGCGGGAAAAGCUUCAGUCAGAGUGCUAACCUUAUUAGGCAUCGGCGAAUCCACACGGGAGAGACUCCCUACACCUGCCCUGAGUGCGGGAAACGCUUCAAUCAGCGCUCAGCCCUUACCACGCAUCAGAGAAUCCACACUGGAGAGACCCCCUACAUGUGCCCCGAGUGCGGGAAACGCUUCAGUUAUAGCUCAGCCCUCAUCACGCAUCAGAGAAUCCACACGGGGGAGACGCCCUACACGUGCCCCGAGUGCGGGAAAAGCUUCAAUCGGAGCUCAAACCUUAUCACACAUCAGAGAAUUCACACUGGCAUGUCAUCCUACAGAUGUUCUGAGUGCGGGAAAAGCUUCAGCCACAGCUCAGCCCUUAUUCGACACCGGAGAAUCCACACAGGGGAGACGCCCUACACGUGCUCUGAGUGUGGGAAAAGCUUCAAUCAGAGCUCAAACCUUAUCACACAUUGGCGAAUCCACACCGGAGAGACACCUUAUAUGUGCUCGGAGUGCGGGAAAAGCUUCAGUCACAGCUCAGCCCUGGUCACACAUCAGCGAAUCCACACAGGAGAGAUGCCCUACACGUGCUCCGAGUGCGGGAAAAGCUUCAGUCAGGGCUCAGCGCUUACUAGACAUCAGAAAAGCCACCUGACACAGAACUAUAAUAAAUCCCUUCACUAGGACUAGCCAAAGAUUUUUUUUUUUUUUAAAUCACAUUUGCUAAUUCCUACAUAGUACAAAAAUCAGUAUCUUCACUGUGGUGUCUCAGCUCCCCCAGAUGAGUUGCCUGCUUCUGCCUUUUGCAGCUCACCUUCUUUGGGGUCAGUCCUGUGAUCUUUCCUAUCAACUCCUUUCCUUCUGAGUCGUAGGAGUGUG